AUGCAGUUACCGAAGAACCAGAUAGUUAUAUAUAGGGAUGAUGAAGCGAUCAGUGCGAUUAGCGAGGUCCGCUGCCUCCGCCCGCCGGCGGCCAUGGAGCUCCACGAUCCGGAAGCCGGCCUCCUCCCUCCUCACCAGCGGGACCUGUCCUUCCGCCUCUCCACCAGCAACGCGACGUUCCGCGCGGCGCAGCACCGGCACAGCCGGCCGCUCAUCAUCCAGAAGGUGCCGGCGAGCGUGCGCGGCGGCCUGGAGGAGCGCUACUUCGCGCCGGACGUGGUCUCCAUCGGGCCCUACCACCACCGCGCCUCGCCGCACCUGGUGGAGAUGGAGCAGGUGAAGGAGGCCGUGGCGCACGAGUUCUGCCGGAGCGCCGUGAAGGCCGGGAAGACGACGAAGCUGCUGGCCGCCGCUGGCGCCGGGCCGGCCGUCGACCUGUUCCUCGAGGCCGUCCGGCCGGUCCUGCCGGAGGCGCGGCUCUGCUACGCCGACGACGGGCUCGGCACCAUGGCCGACUCCGACUUCGCCAACAUGAUGGUCGUGGACGGGUGCUUCCUGCUCGCCGUGGUGGCGAUCCUUACCAAGGACUACCCAGCGGAGCUGGAGCACUGGUCGUGGACGCACGGCCGCAUGCUGCGGAUCAUGAAGGACAUCCUACUGUUCGAGAACCAGAUCCCCUGGGCCGUGGUGCGCGCGCUCGCGGCGCUGCGGCCCGUCCGCGUCGACGAGUUCGUCGCCAAGGUCCUCGCCUACCUCGACGUCGGCAGCCGCGAGCCGCGGUUCGACGGCGCGCCGUGGCACGGGCUGAGCCCCGUCCACCUCCUGGACCUCGUCCACCAGCGGCACCUCGGCGGGCCCGCGGCGCCGGCGGCCGGCGGCGGAGUCCGGUACUGCGACUACGCGCGCCCGUUCGCGCACUUCACGUCGGCCGUGGAGCUCGCCGAGGCCGGCAUCCGGAUCCACGGCAGCGGCACGUGCCGCGUGACGGACGUGAGGGUGGAGCCGGCGGCGGCGGCGGCGCUCCUCCGGGUGGGCCGGCUCGCCCUCCCGCAGCUGGCGCUCAGCUGGCUGCCGCGCUGCUGGCUCAUCAACAUGGUGGCGCUGGAGUGCGUCACGGACAGGUCAGACCAGAGCGGCGUGAGCUCCUACCUCGCCAUCCUCGGCUCGCUGAUCCGCACCGAGCGGGACGUGGAGGAGCUGCGGGCCAGGAGGAUCCUGUUCAGCACCAUGAGCGACCAGCGGACGGCUGAGUUCUUCGAGGCGCUCAUGGACCCGCUGCCGCGCCAGGAGCUCUACCUCCGGACGCUGGAGGGCAUCGUGCAGCUCCGGGCCAGGAGGAGGACAAGGAGCCGCCUCCACGCCGUCUACUACAGGAACAGGAGGAUCAUCAUGGCCGCCGCGCCGCUGCUAAGCCUCCUCGUCGCCAUCAUCGGCAUGGCGCUCAGCAACUCCCUCAAGCCGCGCAAGUAG